GUCGUUUCCCUGAACCCCGACGAGCCAAUUGAUCCCAAACCUCUGAUUGCAGACAUGCUGCGCACUCGCUACUGCAUCCCCGGCUCAAUCUUUCUUGUCGAGUCCGUUGAGUCGCGUAUCCCCGUCUCGAGGAAAUACCGUGCAGUCCGUGUGCUCCUCGGCGACGGCGAGCUCUGCGUCCAGGCGCUCCUGCACCCAGAGAUCCACUGCUUCGUCGACGGCGGCCAGAUCUACGAGGGCUGCUAUGUGCGCGUCGACAAGGUCGAGCUGCGCCAGAUAGAGGUGACCGGGGAGGUGGAGGAUGUGGAAGACGACGAACUUGGCGACACGGAGACUGCUAUGUCGAAGACGAGGGGGCAGCCGAGAAAGGUGCUGUGCCUGCUGGUUGGGGAUAUGAUCACAGUCGGCUGGAACAAUGCGUAUUUGGAAAUUCUGGGGGUUGGGCCUCAGGCGGCCGUUGGGCAUGGACUUGUUGACUCCGUGCCAGAAUCCAAGCAUGACAAGGGCCUCGCAAGUGGGGGAAGCGUCGGGCAGAUUGGUGGCCCGGAGCUCAGGCCUGCUGUUCUUACCGGCACGCAAGUCCACAGCGUCCACCCUGCGCUAGAUGUGCACGCUGCAAGCGAGGAUGGACAAGAAGAUGUUAACUACAUGUCUUCCUCGGACGAUGCAUUCGAAACUAUGGAGGUCUCCGAGGAAAAUGUGGCCCAACGGCGCACCCAGUUCUCUGGCGAGACUAGACACCGACCUCAAAUACGCCCACAAGACGAUGGUGAUGCCUCUGGUGCUGGUGCCAGCACCAAACCCCAGCAGCCCGACGAAACCCAGAGCAGCAAACCACCCCCGCCGUGGAUGGCCAACGACCCGACGCAGCCAUUACGGCUCACGCCGCUGCGCUCCGUCCCCAACCUACCGUACAAGCAAAACUGGAUGGUCAACGUGCUGGCCGUGGUCGCCUCGCUCUCCGACGUUGAGCCGUCGCACCUGCCACCGUACACUCAGCGCACCGCGCGCCUUGUCGACCCUUCCACGCCCAAGCAGGUCCUGCUUACUGUCUUUCUCGAGCCCGGGAACUUUGCUCCAGCCGUCGGCAGUGUGGUGCUGCUUCUUGGCGUCAAGAAUCACCGGUUUGACGGCGGGUCGCUCAAGAAAUAUGUCAGCGAUAAGCCGAAGAAUGGCGCCAGCUGGUGGAUUGAGGAUCCGGGCAGGCUGGGCUGGUGCGAGGCUGAGGCGGUUGGUCUGAAGGCGUGGUGG